GAAAUAGAGAGCAGCCCUACGCUCAUUACGCUGGACUAGUUUGUUGGUCCACAGUCAGUACGGAGCAACAUGAGAAAUCAGAUAGACCUGCUCGCCGCUGUCACUGUUCUGGGAGUCCUGGAGCAAGCCUAUUUUGCACUGCAGGUGAUCUAUGCCAGGCGGAAGUACAAGAUCUCUCCUCCGGAGACAAGAGGCCACCCUGAAUUUGAGCGGAUCUUCAGAGCUCAGGUGAAUUGCUCCGAAUACUUCCCCAUCUUCAUCUCGCUCCUCUGGGUGGCUGGUAUCUUCUUCCACCAAGGUAAGGCGGAGGGAAAAAAACAAAAAAGCAAAACCCCCAAACCCCUCACAAACCAGGAGACUCAAAUUUAA